AUGGACGCUGCGGAGGCCUGGCAGGCGGUCCUCCAGCAGGACGCGGGGACCGCCGCGCACUACGAGAGCCGCGUGCAGGGGCGCCGCGUGCAGCUCGAGAAUGUCGACCGCGCGGCGCCGAAGCCGGCGUCGGAGAUGCUCGCGCGCCAGGUGCGGCGUGCAGAAGGGCGCGCACGCCGCGCGGCACACAUGGCCCAGCGCCGAACGCCGCGGCACGCACACACCGUGCGCCCGAACCAAGUGUCCUACGCGCAGGCCGAGCCGCUGCAUGCGCUCUGGACGACCUACGCACAGGAGCUGCUGGGGCUGCCCGAGCUGGGCGCAGACGAAAAGGCACUGCGCUCCGCUCUGACGAACACCUCGCAUGUGCAAAACAUGCAAAACACCCUGCUCAAGGCAGACUGGAUCGGCGCACACGUCGAGGUCGUGCAGUCGACCAACCCCACCCUCGUCCACCUCGCAGGGAUCAUUGUACAGGAAACGCACGAAGCACUCCACAUAGUCGUGCGCGGCGACGCGCGCGUACGCCUCGUCCCGAAACAAAACUCGGUGUUUCGUAUGGAGAUUGCCGCAUCCGACGCGGCCGACGCACCGCGCUUGCGGCUGGAUUUGUACGGGAACCAGCUGCGUUAUACCCUCCCAGCACGUGCCACACGCAAGCACAAGGCGCGCAAGACCAUUGAGCUCGACCGGACCGCGGCGGGGUAG